AUGCGAUUUAUUGUUUACCUAAGAUUCUCAAGUGGAGAAGACAAGUGCUUUCUUUGUGUUUGUGUGCAGAAUACUUCAGUUCCUCUAAGUCUACUUGGAAUAUGGCAAAAGGUUGGAGAAGCAGAGUUAAUACAUACAAUUAAUCCUGGGGAAAGGAUGACAAUAAUGUUGGAAUCAGAAUGCUUACGUGUAGAAAGUUAUUUUGGAGAGACGAAAUUCCACUACAUUGAAGUCCCUGAAGAUGAUCAGUCGGUAGCCAAAACAAUUAAAUGCCAAGUACUAAAAACAGCAGAAUUAAACAAAUCAUCAUUCGGAAAACUGUUAGUUAGGAAGUAUUUCAACAGAACAAGCUUCCAAACAGUUUCUGAAAUCAAACUGGAUCUGAAUUUGGAAAGUUCAUUUGUAAAAAGGAGUUUAUGGACUGUAAAUAGUCUCUAUGACUUGGCUUCACUAUACGGCUACUUUCAUUCACCAUUCAGAUGGCAUCAAUUUGCCACGUUACUUGGUUUUACAUCAAAAGAAAUUUAUGAAAUAAAUGAAACUCUUUCACAACAUCGCUAUUAUAUUAAUGAUUCAACUGUAACACAAUCAAAUUUGAUAACACCUAGAAGAAUAUUUUGUUUAAUAUUAUCUAAAUUUCAAAAACUUGGUGGAUGCUUAUCACAAGUUGCUAGUAUACUUUAUUCAAAUUCACAAAAUAAAAACAAAUUUAUUGAUAAUCGAUUACAAUGGAAUCAAUGCUUUAAUCAUUUUGAAAUAUCACCAUUUAGUCAUCAUCACCAUGAUCAUCAUCAUCAUCAUCAUCAUCCUCAUCAUAAUCAACCAAUGUCCGGUGUAUGUUUACAUAAUGAAAAGUCCUGCGUUUCAGAUCAAAUAUUUCCAUCCUCAAAACUAACUCAUAAUGUCUGUUAUUCAAAUCCAUUGAAUCCGAAUGUGAAUUUCUUCAAUACUAAUCAUUAUAAUCAAAAUGAAGCUCAUUUUACACACAGAAAUAAUAAUAAUAAUCAAUUUGAACAAAGUAUAAAUCAAUCAAAAAGAAAACUAUUUCGAAAUGGUAGUUUAGAUAGAAUGAUACAUUUGAAAAAACCAUGGUCAAGACAUGCUCGACGAAGAAAUAGUUUACCCAUGAUCAAUCAAUCAAACGAAUCCAACAAUAUGAAUACACUGUCAACUUUUAAAUUAAUAGACGAGUUUGAUAAUUUUAUAGAAUUUGGUACACCUAUAAAACGUGCUGCAUCUUAUUUGAAUUUAGAUGAAGAAAUAUCUCAAAUUACACCGCAUAAAAAGCAAUGUACAAAUACUACUAGUACUACUACUAAUAAUAAUAUUAAUAACGAAAUCUUACAACAAAAAUAUGAACCUAUUCGUAAACCAAAAAUUCUAACCAAACGUCGAAUUAAUAAGCUUCGACAGCAUAAAUUAAAUCAAAUGUUAUUACCUAAUCUUUGGCAUCCUACCGUAUCUUUAAAAACUACAGCAACUACAACAGCAACUACAACAACCGAUCAAACAACUCAACAUAUAUUAAAUGUUGUCCAUACAAAACUUGAAGAGACUAAACGUGAAACUGAAGCAAUUCAUAAGAAUGUAAUAUCAUUUUUAGAAAAAAUACAAUCACCUAAUAAAACAAUUCCAAAUUUUAUUGAAUCAAAUGAUAAAACCGCAGAAACAGAGUCAUUAUUUCUUUUUUCCAAAGAUAACUUGAUGAUUAUUCAAGAAACUGAUCUAUGGAAUAUUAUUCAUUUAUCUAAUAAUAAUAAUAAUAAUAUAAAUGUACCAAAUUGGAAAAAUUGGCUUAAAAUAUGUCAUCCUUAUUAUAAUGAAUACAAUUUAAUUGAUCAAAAAAAUUGGUCAAAAAUUUUGAGUUUUAAUAAAAUUAAUGAACAUUAUACAUCUUAUCUUAUUUUAUUAAAUUGGAUAGAAAUCAAUUCUAAUCCUAAAAUGAAUUUGAAGCCAACUUAUGCAAAUUUAUUUAAUCAGUUAAUACGUGAAGGUUAUAAUGAAUUUGUGAUAUUAUGUAAACAAAAACUUUUUAAUAAUUUUUCAUAUAAAUGA